UUCAGUCGUGGGCUCUUCCAUUAAUUGAACUCCUUCCCUCUGCUCUUGCGGGGCGGGACUUAACAUCGGCUUUCUCACCAAUCACUGGAGCUGGAGGUGUGGUUUAGGCUCCGUUUGCCCCGCCUCUCAGCGUGGGUGGAGUUGGAGCAGCACCAAUGACCUCGCAGCCUGAGGGAGCCAAGGAGGGGCUUGGCUGAGUGGCAGCUUGGGCCGAGAGGCUUGGCAGGGAGGGCGAGUGCCUGGUUUCAUCUGCCCACUGGCGCCUCAGGGAAGGGGCGGGACCAAAGGGCGGGCUGAAGACCCGGGCAGGACUGAAGGCCCUGACGCCCCAACUCCGCUUGGCAACAGGAAGCUGUGCUCCGGGCCACUGAAGGGAGCGGAACCUGCGAACCCAACCAGAUUUAGACCCCAAAUGGCACAGUGGGAGAUGCUGCAGAAUCUUGACAGCCCGUUUCGGAAUCAGCUGCACAAGCUGUACUCAAGCAGCCUUCUGCCAGUGGACGUUCGAGAGUACUUAGCUGUCUGGAUUGAAGACCAGAACUGGCAGGAGGCUGCGCUGGGCAGUGAUGAUUCCAAGGCUAACAUGCUCUUCUUCCACUUCUUGGACCAAUUAACUAAUGAGUGUGGUCGCUGCAGACAAGACUCUGAGUGCUUGUUGCGACAGCACAACUUACGAAAAUUCUACCGGGAUAUCCAGGCCUUUUCCCAGGGUCCCACCAAAUUGGCUGAGAUGAUCUUUAAUCUCCUUCUGGAAGAAAAAAGAAUUCUGAUCCAGGCUCAGAGGGUUCAGUUGGACCAAGGUGAGCCAGCCCCCGAUGUACCACCUGUGGAGAGCCAGCAGCAUGAGAUUGAAUCCCGGAUCCUGGAAUUAAGGGCUAUGAUGGAGAAGCUGGUGAAGUCCAUCAGCCAGUUGAAAGACCAGCAGGAUGUCUUCUGCUUCCGAUACAAGACCGGUACCCCAGUGAGGGCUUCCUCUUUGGACCCGCAUCAGACCAGACAACAGCAACUUCUUCAGGAAACUCUCAAUGAACUGGACAAAAGGAGGAAGGAAGUGCUAGAUGCUUCCAAAGCCCUGCUGGGUCGAUUAACUACGCUAAUCGAACUACUGCUGCCAGAGUUGGAGGAGUGGAAAGGCCAGCAGCAAAAAGCCUGCAUUGGAGACUCCAUGGACCAUGGGUUGGAACAGCUGGAGAAGUGGUUCACGGAUGGAGCAAAGUUCUUGUUUCACCUGCGGCAGCUGCUGAAGGAGCUGAAGGGAUUGAGUCGCAUGGUUAGCUAUAUGGAUGACCCCCUGACCAAAGGCGUGGACCUGCGGGAGGCCCAGGUCACAGAGUUGCUACAGCGUCUGCUCCACAGUGCCUUUGUCGUAGAAACCCAGCCCUGCAUGCCUCAAACUCCCCAUCGACCCCUCAUCCUCAAGACUGGGAGCAAGUUCAUGGUCCGAACAAGGCUGCUGGUAAGGCUCCAGGAAGGCAAUGAGUCACUGACAGUAGAAGUUUCCAUUGACAGGAAUCCUCCUCAAGUACAAGGCUUCCGGAAAUUCAACAUUCUGACCUCAAAUUGGAAAACUUUGACCCCCGAGAAGGGGCAGAGACAGGGCUUAAUUUGGGACUUCGGGCACCUGACUCUGGUGGAGCAACGUUCAGCUGGCUCAGGAAAGGGCAGCAAUAAGGGGCCGCUGUGUGUGACAGAGGAACUGCACAUUAUCAGCUUCACAGUCAAAUACACCUACCAGGGUCUGAAGCUGGAGCUGAAAACAGACACCCUCCCUGUGGUGAUUAUUUCUAAUUUGAACCAACUCUCGAUCGCCUGGGCCUCGAUUCUCUGGUUCAAUCUGCUCAGUUCAAACCCCCAGAACCAGCAGUUCUUCUCCAACCCCCCCAAAGCCCCCUGGAGCCUCCUGGGCCCUGCUCUCAGUUGGCAGUUCUCCUCCUACAUUGGCCGCGGCCUCAACCCAGAGCAGCUGGGCAUGCUGAGGGACAAGCUGUUUGGGCAGAACUCCAGGGUGGGGAGUGCGAUGUUGUCCUGGGCUGACUUCACCAAGCGUGAGAGCCCCCCUGGCAGGCUGCCAUUCUGGACGUGGUUGGACAAAAUUCUGGACCUCGUACAUGACCAUUUGAAGGAUCUGUGGAAUGAUGGCUUCAUCAUGGGCUUUGUAAGCCGGCGUCAGGAAAGACGGCUGCUGAAGAAGACCAUCUCUGGCACCUUUCUGCUGCGCUUCAGCGAAUCGUCGGAAGGCGGCAUCACCUGCUCCUGGGUGGAGCACCAGGACGAUGAUAAGGUGCAGAUCCACUCCGUGCAGCCCUACACCAAGGAGGUGCUGCAGUCACUCCCGCUGACCGAAAUCAUCCGCCACUACCAGCUGCUCGCUGAGGAGAACAUACCCGAGAACCCACUGUGCUUCCUCUACCCCCGAAUCCCCCGGGAUGAGGCUUUUGGUCGCUACUACCAGGAGAAAGUUAAUCUCCAGGAACAGAGGAAAUACCUGAAACAUAGACUCAUUAUGGUCUCUAACAGACAGGUGGAUGAGCUACAACAACCGCUGGAGCCUGGACUUGAGCCAGGACAGGAGGCAUCAGAGCUGGAGCCAGGGGUGGCACCAAAGCCAGAGCCAGGGGAACACUUGGAGUUAGAGCCACUGCUAGAGGCAGGGCUGGAUCUGGGGCCCAUGCUGGAGCCCAUGCUAGAGUCUGCUCUGGAGCCCAUCAUGGAGCCCAUGCUGGAGCCUGCACUGGAGCCCAUGCUGGAGCCUGCACUGCAGCCCAUGCUGGAGCCUGCUCUGGAGCUCACACCAAGCAUAGUACCAGAAUCAAACCUGGGACCAGAGAUGAAGCUGGAGACCAUUCUAGAGCCUGUAUCACAGCCAGUGCCAGAGCCAGAUUUGCCACAUGAUCUGAGAAACUUAAACACUGAGGAUAUGGAAAUCUUCAGAAACUGUAUGAAGAUUGAAGAAAUCAUGCCAAAUGGUGACCCACUACUGGCUGACCAGAGCACCAUGGAUGAGACUUACGUCUUCUGCCCCAGCCAUUUUGAGACAGAUGGGUCCUUGAUGCCUCCCGACUACUAGGAACGACAAGUCCUCUGUUCUUUCUCUAUCUCUCGUCCUCCUACCGUCCAAAUCAUAAUGUUGCUCUCAAGGCAUGUGCCCCUUCUAGGCUGGGUGAACCCUGGGAUUUUGGACAAGAGGGGAAAGCAGAACAUGGCUAUAGAAGGGGCACCAACCAAUCAGAACAGAUGCUGAAUGAGGCUUUAACCAGCAUCUGGAGGCUGCCUGAUAGGCUGAGGAUGUGUGGGAGUCCUGGGGGUGGGCCAGGACAGUUGGGGGUGGCGUGGAGGCUUUCCCAGCACGGAAAGAUUUCAACAUGCAAAUAUCUGGGAAGGCUAAACUGGUGCACACUGGCAUUGGCUCUUGCUGGGGAGGGAGACGUGUUAGGACUCCAUUUCUCUCUUCUGGCUUCUUCAUGUCAAGUAAACUUUUCCCCUUCUUCUCCCCCUCACUCCUGACUCAAGUCUGGAAUUCCUUCUUUUCCUGCAGGGGCUGAGAGCUUUCUGCCUCACCCCACCAUGUAAAGCUCCAUCGUGAAGAAGGGGAGAAAGGGUAGACCUCCUCUUCUUGUCAGUCUCCCCCACCAAGCUGGCCACACCCAUCCCACCCCCAUAAAGUGGUCCUGCAUGUCUAAUGUGCCUGCGUAGCUUUGCACACUAACUUGUCUGCUCAGUCUCCACUUUUCCGUUGUUUAGGAGACAAAUCAUUCCUGGAUUCCAGGGAUGGUGAUGUGGGUGGGAACUUAGGAAUUGCUUUUAUAGUACUGGGCAGAGUUUGGUAUUUUUACAGAAGAAGAGAAGCCCUGGAUCUUAGCUAUCUCUCUAUUAGAUAUCAUCCCCUUUCUUUUGUACAGUCUGUUGUUUACCUGAAAGGAGGGUAUCUAUUCCUGAGUGUAUAGCUGGGCAAAGACCAAGUUUCUAGAACCUUGAAGGUUUAUCAUGGGACUCUGGAGAACCUUACACAUUCACCACUCCCAGGAAACCCCAGAAAACAACUGUCCUUGCUCCACAAUGUGCUGUGGGUGUAACUUGAGACAUAAAAGAAAAUGAGGUCCUGUUCAUGUGGCUUCUUCAUGCCUGGUGUGUCAGAGGAAUGACCCUUCAUUAAAGGGUCUUUCUGAGCAGAAAUGGCUAACAAACUUUGUGCUGACCUGGAAGUGCUUCAUCUCUGAACUCCUUUACUUUUCUGCUCCCCAAAACUCGUGACCUUGGCGAUACCAGCAUGCCCUGUUGGGAUGAGGUCAGCAAAUUGUGGCCUCUCUUCCCCUUAGCCCAGUAUGUCUCUCUUGUCGUGUUUCUUCUUUCUUCUUCUCUCCUUUGUUUAGAGCAGCCCCUCCAUCCCCUAGACUCUUCCAUGGGGUGUUUGACGUAUAGAUGGGCAGUGGGGGUGACGGGAGUGGGAAGAACUUGUAGUUAUAUAACUAGCCUAGGGUCACUCGCUGCUUAGUGAAAAAGCCAAGAUACAAACCUGGAUCUGCCUGACUCA